AUGAGAGGAACAGGAGGAAAAGAAAUGGAUCAGGCUGACCAUGUCGUUGAAAGCAUGAAGAGAAACACUGCGGCCGGCAUUGGGGGCAAUAGUGGUAACGCUGCCCACACCACCACUAGUAUUGAAAUUGGCAGCAGUAGUAACAACGGCAAACACAAUUCAUACAACACGAGUGGAAUGAAUCACUACAGUGAUAAUAAUAACAGUAAUAACAACAAGUUUGGUGAGGAGAAUCCUACUGUUGUUGCGGCCCGUAGUAAUCGACUGGCGGCAGAGACGAACGCCAAUCUUCUGCGUGCGCUGCGAAUGAGUGAGGCGACGAAUGACACGGGAUACUCCACACUGCAGCAACUCGGCCGACAGCGGGAGUGUAUUGGGCGCACAAUUGAAAGUGUGGACGGCACUCGCGAGGAGUUGAUGGGCGCACGGCGGGUGAUUCGAGAUAUUCGACUGAGUGUAUACAGAGAGUGGGCCGUGAAGGGAUUGGUGCUCGUAGUACUGCUGCUGCUGGAUAUCCUAUUAUUCUAUAUGAAGUUUAUUCGCAGGCGGUGA